GCCAGACCGAAUAUCACGAACGUCUUGCCGCCAUCAAACCGUAAGCGAUCCAUCAACCGUUCGAUCGUCUUUUGCCAACUGUACGUCUGUAUAUUAUAUCCUUCGCCGCACCAGUGGACCUGAUUUUAUUGUACUCACAUCACACAACCGAAAUCGUCCGAGGACAAUAAUCGCAAAGGCGAUUACGUUCCGAGUGGACGGCCGCCAUCAUGGGGCUGCGAGUGUUCGUGCUGUGUUCUUUCGUCUGGUGUUUCGGAUACGCCGCACAAUACGCGCCGAUCGACGGCGUGGACGGCAACGAUUGCGCCGUCGUGCUCGAAGGAUCGAAACAUUUCAUUUAUAACAGUGGAAAGGGUUCACCGCACCGCUCGGCGGCUCACAUGUGUAUCACGUACGACACGGUUAACAGAGCUUUCCUAGACGUUCAAAACCGCCACACGCUGCUGGAACCCAACGACCAAUGGGGCCCGGUGCACUUUGCUAGACUUGGAGAGUUGCUGCUGGACGUGUCACAAGUGCUCGCAAAAAUGUACGAUUUGAACGCCGACGAUGUGAGCAAAUUCUUACCUGCCAUCGACACGUCUAAGACGCUCAUCCGAAACGUGUGCCCGUCUUGUUUGACAAGGGUGGUGUGCAAACCAGGCAAGUACCGUAGGCCCGACGGGCUGUGCAACAAUGAGGACAACCCGACGUGGGGCGCAACCAUGUCAACGUUCAACAGGUUGAUGCCGCCACGGUUUUCCGACAAGUUGUCUUCGCCCAAGUCGUCGGCUUCCGGUGAACCUCUGCCCAUGGCCAGGGUCGUGUCCCGAACCAUUCACCCUGACGAGGGGCUACACGAGCACGCCGGCACCGUCAUGUUGGUCGCCUGGGGACAGUUUGUGGACCACGACUUGACGCUGACGGCUACUCCGUUGGACCCGGUGAACCGGAACGAACCCGAGGAAUGUUGCGGCCGUCCGGAUCACUUGAAGAACAAAUACUGCUACGAGAUCAAAAUACCGGACGACGAUAAUUUUUACAGGAACCACAACGUCAGGUGUCAGGAUUUCGUGCGAGCGUUUCCAGGUGUCAAGCCUGACUGUAAAUUGGGACCUAGGUCCCCGUUCAACCUACUCACCCCGGUGAUCGACGGCAACACCAUUUACGGAGUGGAUGAAACGUUUUCUCGGUAUCUUAGGUCUGGAUACACGGGACAGCUGAGAAUGAACCCGGCGUUCGCAAAUUUGGGGUUGAAAGAACUGUUGCCUAUGAAAUUAAACAUCCCGGACGAAGGUUGUAUCAGGUCGAAUUCUUCUCAGUACUGUUUUGAAUCAGGUGAAAUUAGAGUGAACGAGCAGCUCGUUCUCGCGUGCAUCCAUACACUGAUGGCGAGAGAACACAAUCGGGUGGCUAAAGAGCUGUCACAAAUAAAUCCGCACUGGAAUGACGAAAUGCUCUAUCAGGAAGCCAAAAGAAUUGCCGUUGCUGAAAUACAACACAUAACGUACAACGAAUUUCUGCCCAUACUUUUAGGCAAAGACGUGAUGGAUAAACAUAGCUUGACGAACAGAAAAAAAGGACAUUGGAACGGAUAUGAUUCAAACGCAAAUCCCAAUAUAUUGGCAGCGUUUUCGGCGGCGGCCUUUCGUUUCGGCCAUUCCCUGCUUCCGAAUGUCAUUGAACGCUGGAGUAAAGCUCACGGUUUUAUCGCUUCCAAGAAGUUAUCUGACUUGAUUCGUCGGCCGUUCGAUUUGUACAGGGCCGGUGCCAUAGACGAGUAUCUGAUGGGCCUCAUGAACCAAGUUGCACAGGCCAUGGACGAUUCAAUAACGCAAGAAGUAACCAACAAUUUGAUCAAAAAGCCGGGCAAAGGGUUCGGCUUCGACCUGGUGUCGUUCAACAUACAGAGAGGCAGAGACUUUGGGUUGCCCGGUUACAUGGAGUACAGACGUCACUGCGGGUUGACCGUGGCCAACAGAUUCGAAGAAAUGGCAGGAUUCAUGCCUAAUUCGACCAUACAACGUUAUCAGACGAUAUACUCAUCACCGUUCGACAUCGACUUGUGGUCUGGCGGAGUGUCGGAAAAACCGGCGCAAGGCAGUGUGGUUGGACCGACGUUCGGUUGCAUAAUUGCAUCUCAAUUCAGUCUGUUGAAGAGGGGCGAUCGGUUUUGGUACGAAUUGCCCGACCAACCGUCUUCGUUCUCACCGGAUCAGUUACAAGAGAUCAGAAACGUCCGGUUGGCGCGUUUGGUUUGCGACAAUACGGACAUCAUAGACACGGUUCAAAUGUAUCCGAUGGUCCUGUCGGAUCACGAACUGAAUCCUAGGGUACCGUGUAGGAGUGGCGUCAUACCUAGGAUGGAUCUGAGCAAGUGGGCCGACUCGACACUGGAUACGGCUGAACCCAACACCAGACUCUCUAACGUAGAGAAAAAUCUCAAAUCUGGUAUGACGGAAGCAAAGAUACAGUUCUGCGACGACUGCAACGCGACAACUGCGGGCACCGGGAUCGGGUUGGCGGAUUCGGGAACGCGGGUGAUCACGAUUAUCGAAGCGACGGACGAGCUGGAUGGCAACGCUGUGAUGAACUCAAAUGCCAUAUUCGGUGGCAACGACAAGAGGAUGAAACGGGGCGUCGAAGCCGCCUCGCUUGCCGGCAACGGGACGGUGGACGCCGACGACGACGACCCGUCGCUGUCCAAAGAGAUGGUGUUGGCCGGGCUGGACGUGCCCAAGGCGGCGCCGAUCAAACGAGACGCGGCCGACGGGCUGCCGGACAUGACGCAAGCCAUCAUGGAGCAGCGCGUCGACUACGAUGUGGACGAGGAGUUCCAGGCGGCCAACGGGCACGGAUUUGAAGCCCCUAGAACCAGGCCGGUGAACAAUUACCGCGGUUACAGCAGCCGCCGCCCCGACGAACACUUGGAAGACGACGGCGAUGACUUUGACGACAGUGACCACAAUUCGCACUACGAGUACGUGCCCAUGGAGUUUGACAACGAGGGCAACCACAGACCACUUACUUUGCCAAACUACUUGGACUCUAAGAAACCCGUCAAGUCCAGCAAGUACGGUGCGUCCAAGGCACCGUCUUAUCCACGGCUGCCUGCUUUCAACGGUUACGGGAGUGGUAGCAGCAGCGAUGCUUCACCGCUGCUGCACGGCCAUGACUUCGUUCCGCUGCGUGGCGGAGGUAGUGGAGGAGGCUUUGGAGGCGUCGGUGGAGGUAGUUCAGCGGCGGGAUAUUCGUAUGGUGUGGGUGGUGGUCUGCAGUCUGACGGCGAAUUUGAUGACUAUCGUGACGUACCGCCGUCGUACUCCGGUCGCCCAUUAUCGGGUGGCAGAGGUGGACCCAAGUCGUUCGUGUCGAUGACUCGCAGCAACUCGGACGAGUCCGAUGCGGGAGACGUAAUUAACAUCGAUCACGGGCGAGGUGCGUAUGACGAUGGUCCGUCACGUGAUUAUCGUGGUUACUCGUCCGCGGACCACGAUUACGAGGACGAUACGUACCGCGGUCACGGGCCCGGGAAGUCGGCACCGAAGUCGCCAUACUUCUAUCGCUCCACCGAUUACGCUCACGAACCAUCAUCGACUUCAGUCCAGUCCAGGAUACACGACGUCGACGUCGAAGGCAAUCCGCUGAAGUCGAAAGCCUACUGGAGAAUGUCGUAUGUGCAGGAUGUUUAGAAACCACACCACGCCGAUCAUCACCUGCAUCUUCGAUCUUCGACCACCACCAACCAGCUGCAUCAGUACUACCACUACCAUCUCUACCAGUCUACCACCAUCAUUAGUUGAGGCUUGACCCACAUAUAUUUAACGACUCUACAAAUAUUUGUUUUUGAGCAACUCUAGUACCUAGGGUACUGGAAAUUAAUUAUUAAAACGCUGAAGCCAAAACAAAAUGUAAAGUGCUGACAUAUCAUUGAACGAAUAUUUUUCAUUUAUUAUUAGAGGAUUAGGCAAAUAUUUUUUUUCAUGGGUUAAGUCGUUCGUUUACAACAACUAUAAACCAUGUGCCUCGUAUAUUAUUUUUGUACCGUAAUAAUCAACACGAUUUUUAUUUUACUCGGAACGAAUGAUUUAUUUCUCGUAUUAUAAUGUUUUAAUAAGCGAACACUGCGUACACGUUACAAAGUAUAAAUCAUAAUAUUUUACUAUCACCAUACAUAAGUGCUGAUUGUGUGACUACUAUACUCUGAAUCGCGGCGUACAUCAUCACUCGAGCUUGUUGAGAAAAGGUGCAAUGGAAUCAAUGUUCUCGCAAUCCGGUAUCAUCUUGCCCUUGAACUUGACGCAGGCGUCUGCGCACAGAGGUCCUUCGAAGUAGUCGCCCAACAUCUUCUUGCACUGAGCACAGUUCCUGAUGCACACGGCCACAUCCGCCAUAUCCGCCGUCGUGUAACCUACGAUUCCGAUCAACACCAACGUAGCGGCGGCGGCCAGGAAGGCGAUUUUCUUUGACGGAGUGUUCAUCGUUUGAGUUUUCUUCUGAAAAAAAAAGAACAAUCUAUACACCACCGUCGACGACUAUAAUAAAUCUUGCUCUGGGAAAAACCGCAGCCCGACACUCACCUUUGAGAUAUCGUAAAAGCUAUUCUUGCGCUAGUCGUAGAUCCUCGUAAGUCUGCAGAACGUAAGACACUGACGAAAUCGGCACCGGCACUGGUCAUUUUAUACUCAGGAUUUAUUAUAAUUCAAUCGAGUUUUUCGUUUUAAAAAUGUCCGCUGCCCACUGGCUUUUAGUUAAUUUGAUAUAAUAUUAUGUUUGUCUGCGGGGAGUAUCGUUAAUAUAAUAUUGUAUCAUCGAAAUUGGGCCAAUUUAAUUAUUCUGGUGCGUUGGACGCGUCCAUUACCGAAAAUUGUGUUCGCAGUUUUAUUAAAUAGCUACCUAUACAGAAGUGUAAGAGUGAUUCAAAUUAUAGUAAUAUCACAUACAAAUAUAAAUGAUAAUAUGCGUUGUGAUAAUAUAUCGCAACAUCAUUUUUUACCAAGAUUUACUGUCGAUUACAAAUAUUACUUUUUAAUUGGUCGCGUGUCUUAGAAUAGUCGACAAACAAUAUUUAUUAUUUUCAUUAUUAUUAUUAUUAUUAUUAAUUAUUAUUAAAAGGAUGCAAUCUACCUAUUUUUAUAUUUUUAUAUUGUCAAUGGCUGACAUUUUUAUUAUUCUUUAAUAUAUUAUGUACUUUUUAUUUUUUAUUUGUCAAUAAAAAUGUGAUAAUUGUUGA